AUGGCGGCGGGUCAGGUUGUAUUGCAGCUUUCUGUUCUGCUGCUGGUGGGGCUGCCAUGGCGGGUGACGUCUUCCCAGCAAGUGCCCGUCCUGUUGUGGUCCAGCGAGAGUUCCCUGUGGAACGACGAGCCCAACACGCACGGAGGUCAUGUGACAUCUGAUCGCCAACUGGGUCAGUACUUGGACUCUGCACUGAAUAGUGGACCCCGGAAUGUCCUGCUUUUCCUCCAAGAUAAGUUAAGCAUUGAAGACUUUACAGCUUUUGGAGGAGUCUAUGGCAACAAGCAGGACAAUGCUUUUCCCAAUCUAGAAAGCAUUAUGGAAUCCUCGCCCUCUUCCCUGGUGCUUCCUUCAGUAGACUGGUAUGCUGCCAACAUCCUUCUUACCUACCUUAAGGAGAAACUGGGUGUCAGCCCACUUCACGUGGAUCAGUCCACCCUACUAGAGCUGAGACUGAAUGAGAGCAUCCCAUCGCUGCUUGUUGUGAGGUUACCCUAUGCCAGUAGUACUGGAGUAUUGGCAGCCAAAGAUGUCCUCCGAGCCAAUGAUGAAGUCAUUGGACAAGUCCUGAGUACACUAAAGUCGGAGGGUGUGCCUUAUACUGCUAUUCUCACGGCUCUCAGGCCAUCUAGGGUGAGCACAGAGACUGACUUAGGGGUGGCCAAUCUGAGACGUCAGCUACUGGCCACGACUACUCCAAAAUACCCACCCGUGUCUUUCAAUCAAACACAGAACAUCCCAUGUAUCCUGUUCUGGGCCUUGAACAUAACCCUACAUAUUGAAAACUCUGUAACAGACCUCACUGGGAGUACUUUCUCUAGAACAGACCAACAAUUCACUGAAGGCUCCUUCUGCAAUGUUACUGCCUCAAGGCUAGUCCUCAAUUAUCCAAAUGGAUUGAAAAUUAUGUUCCAUAUGAGCAACGUUCGGUACAGUGUGUCAGCACGCUAUUGGGCCAGUUUAAACCGCAUUGAGGUAUUUAACGGAACUCACAAUGCCAUAUUCCUUGCUCCCCAAGUGAGCACUCCCAGCAACUAUUCCUUCCACUGUCAGUACGUCAGCAGUUUUUUCUUCAUAUGGUCCAAUCCUGAUCAAUAACAGCAGCCAAGAAUCUCCUGGAGCAAAGUGGAAUCUCCACAUCACUGAAUUCCAGCUCCAGGGUUUCAGCAUCAGCGGCUUAAAGUUUUCCUACGCCAGCGACUGUGCCGGCUUCUUCUCCCCUGGCAUCUGGAUGGGGCUCGUCACCACGCUGCUGUUUGUCUUCAUCCUGACCUAUGGGCUGCACAUGGUUAUGAGUCUGAAAACCAUGGAUCGCUUUGACGAUCCUAAAGGACCUACUAUCUCUGUACCCCAGACUGAGUGA